AUGUGGACGAAAGAACUGGAGAAACGUCGAGCGCUGAAUGAGAAUGAGAAGAGGAAUCUGGAUGAACAAAAGAAGAAGAACGAGUUGGCAAUUAUGGAACAAACGAAUGAUGACGAAAAAAUGGUGAAACUUGCAGAAGAACAAAUGAGACAAAAGGAACUCCUUCUCAAAAAGAUUAUAGAGCUCGAGUCAGAGCUUGAUAAGAAGCAAUCGCUAGAGUUGAACAUACAGCAUAUGAGAGGUGCGAUUGAGGAGAUGAACCACAUGAGUACUUGUGAAGAAGAAGAUAUGGAACUGAAAAAAAAGUUGGAAGCAAUCGAAGAAGAGCUUAAUGAUAAAGAAGAAGAACUUGAUGGCAUGGAAUCUGUAAAUCAGAAUCUAAUUAUCAAGGAGAGAAAGACCAAUGACGAGUUGCAACAAGCUCGCCAGCAAUUGUUAAGUAAUUUUAUGUUCAUAUAUCUAUCCCCAAAGAUUUUCAACGACAGCCGCACCAAUAUCUGUGUGAAGAGGAUGGGAGAGCUUGAUGAAAAGCCAUUUGUCAAAGUGGCGAACAUAAAACAUGGUGGUGAAGAUGCAAAAGCCAAAGCAGCAGAACUCUGCUCCUUGUGGGAAGAUUACCUCAGGGAUCCAAACUGGCAUCCAUAUAAGAUGGUCGUGGAAGGAGAAACUUUCAAGGAGAUACUUAAUGAAGAUGAUGAAAAGUUGAAAGAACUGAAAACUGAAUUGGGUACCGAAGUGUAUGAGGCUGUGACGACUGCACUGAAUGAGAUGAAUGAAUACAACCCAAGUGGUCGGUAUACUGUAAAAGAGCUUUGGAAUUCCACCGAGAAAAGGAAAGCUCGACUGGGAGAGGGAAUUGAGUGUUUACUUGAACAGUGGAAGAUGCACAAACAACCAAAACAGCGUAGGAACUGA